AAUGCGGAUCUAUAUCACAUAUCGCGUAUUAUAUGAUAAUCGAUAUAUCGUUUACGAAAGUACUCGAAGAAUAGAACGAAGUGAAAAAAACAUAUUAAUGCUACUUUAUUAUUUAUUUGAUCUAUUAUUAUAUUCAUAUUCACAGAUCACUGAGACUUAAUAUAGAAAAAUUUUUUAUUAUUUAUUCGUAUAAUAUAUCAUUCAAUUUUCCUAACCUAGGAUAUAUUUAUUUAUAUGUACAUAGUGUCUAUAAAAAUUUUCUGGUUUUUAAAUUGCGAAAGUGAUAAUAAAUUGGGCAUAUAUAAAUACACAUAUAUGUAUAAAAUACGAUAGAAGAUUAAUCUUUUUGAAAUUCAUUAUAUCAUAAAAUGCAACAUUUAUGGAAUGAUCCUGAUCAGGCAACUGAGUCCAAUCUUAUUAGUAUUGCAGUAAUGCAUAAUGGCUUAGUUCUUCUAGAAGAUUGUAAAACUAUUUUACGAAGAGAUUACUCUAAUAUGAUUGAUAAAGUUAAAUUAAUAUCUGGUGGAGGAAGUGGUAAUGAACCGGCUUAUACAGGCUUUGUAGGACCUGGUAUGUUGACUGCUGCAAUUUGUGGAGAUAUUUCAUCAGCACCACCAGUAAAUACUAUAUUAAGAGUCAUUGAUGAAAUUGGCACAAAUCAUCUUCCUGGUGUGCUGUUAAUAGUUCCAAAUUAUCCUGGACAUCGUAUAAAUUUUGGAUUAGCCAAAUUACGUGCAGAAAAAAUGGGCAUAUAUGUGAAAAUGAUAAUUGUUGGAGAUGAUGUCUGCUUAGAAAAUGAAACAAGUAUAGAAAAGAGAGGUUUAGUUGGUAUAUUAUUUAUUAAUAAAAUAGCUGGUGCAAUGGCAGAAAAUGGGGAAAAUUUAGAAACUAUUUAUAAUGUAUGCAAUAGAAUUAUAAAUAGUGGAGAAAUUGCAACUAUUAGCAUAGGCAUGAAAAUAUCCUUUUCUUAUAAAGACAAUUUGUGUUCGAGGAACAUCAAUGUUACAGAGAUGGAGAUAGGAUAUGGUAUUCAUGGUGAAUCAGGUAUUUGUCAAGUAAAUUCUAUUGAGGAUGUUGUUACUGUUAUAGUACAUAAAUUGGUAAUAUUAUCUCAGAACUCAAAUGAAAUGACAAAUAAUAGAAGAUUUCCUGUUGGUCAUAGUGUAGCUGUUAUAAUAAACAAUUUUGGAGGCAACAAUCAGAUAGAAUGCAAUAUAUUUACACUUGAAGUUCUUAAACAACUAAAGUUAUUGGAUUUAUUGGUGCAAAGAGUAUAUACAGGUUAUUUAAUGACAUCACUGGACUCUUCUGGCUUUCAAGUCUCAUUAUUGAAUCUUUCUGUUGAUCCCAAUCUAAUUAAAUAUCUUGAUAGUCUAACAUUAGUACCUGCUUGGCCAAAAGUAUUGACUGCUGAAAUGGUUGGAUAUGAACAAACUCCUGACUUAGAAUCAGUUAUUCCAACAAAAUAUUGCAUGGAAUAUUGCAAUGAUAAUUUAUCUUCUAUAAAGGCUGAAGGACCUAUGAUAGAUGAUAGAACUGGUCAAGUUCUUUUAAUUAUUAUAUCUUUUGCAUGUGAAGCAUUAAUAGCUUGCACAGAACAAUUGAAUAUAAUGGACGAAGAAUGUGGUGAUGGUGAUUGUGGUACUACACUCGCUCGAGGAGCAACUGCCAUAAAAACUGCAAUUAAAGGAAAUAAAAUAAACGGUUCAAAUCCUUUUAUCACUUUUAUGCAUAUUAGUUGUAUUAUAGAAAAAGAAAUGGGUGGAUUGCAAGGAGGAUUGUAUUCCUUAUUUUUUCAUGCUGUUGCUAAGGUUUUUGCUGAAACCGACGAUCAGGUUAUACCUCGUACAUGGUUGAACGCAUUGAUUGCAGGAAAUAAAGUGAUAUCAGAAUUUGGAAAAGUUUCAUUUGGAGAUAGAACAAUGCUAGAUCCUUUAAUAUCUGCACAAAAUGUAUUAUCUAAUUCAUUAGAUAUCCAAAUGCAUCCUAUUCAAGCAUUUGGAGAAGCUGUUAAAGCUGCUGAAAAAUGUGCUAUUCAAACAGUAUAUACGCGAAUUCAUAAAACUAGCUUAAUGAAAUGCAAAAAAUUUAAAUAUCCCGACCCUGGAGCACAUGCAAUUGGCAUAUGGAUGAGAGCUGCAUAUGAAGGUGUAAAAUUAAAAUUAGUUUGUCAGUGUGAAUUAUAAAAAUGAUAUUGUAUCGGAAUCUUACUUAUAGUGUUUUUGAGAAAUUCUAUAAAUUCAAAUUAUAGGUUUCACAAAAUAAAACAUGUUAUAUAUACUUA